CAAUAUCUGCUGCUUAAAAUAAUAUAGUAAACCGGUAGUUACGUGACGUCAUGUUCCUGCGACUGUUUACAUGCGACAGUCCAUCAUGGCUCUGUUUCCAGCUUUUGCAGAAGUAGAGAGUAACAAAGUUGAAGAUUCGUCCCAAGGACUAGACUGGCUGAAAAAUAAGAGUUUUCAGCCUUCAGAUGCCCUCUCUCUUCACAGUCGAUUUUUGGGGAAGACCAGUGAGAGGCCGAACGAGAAGGAAUCAAGUGUAGGCAGAGAGGUGAGCUCUGCAGAGGAGGAGGAAGAGGGUAAUGUGCCACCCAAAAAGAAGAAAAAGAAGAGUGAAAAGAAGAGGAAAAAGAAGAAAAAACAUAAAAAGAAGAGCGGGAGAUAUUCGGACAGCAGUGGGUCCGACUCUGGAAUCAUUUUUCCCAGUGACCUUAAAAAAGAGCAGGAGGCAAAGAGUCCCCAGGCUGCUCCAUUAGCAAGUUGUUUCUCCUGGUUGGACGAUCUCCAGUCGCCCACAGAGCAGCCGUUCUGUGUGGACCGUAAAGCAGACCCAGCCAACUGGACGUACAAGUCCCUGUACAGAGGAGACGUAGCCAGGUAUAGGAGGAAAGGCAGCUCGUCUCUGGGACUGGACCGCUGCAGACAGGCAGUCAGCUGGGAGGAGUCAGAGUCAAAUAAGAAACAGAAAGGUGGAGACAAAAAGAAAGCAGCAGACAGAUACUUCUCUUCAGCCAGUCGCCAGCUGCUAAAGUCCGAGCCCCCUGUUUCUACAUUACCUACAAUUCCUGAUGGUGGUGUUGCUGUCAGCUCCACCUCCUUCCUCCUGCUGGGUGACAAUGAGGAGAACAAAGAAGGAGAAACAGGUGACAGAGUGAAGACUUCAUCAGUAAAUCCUCUCGGUGUGUACGACGCCUCCACCGCCCUGUGGCUGCAGGGGAAGGGACAGCCGGAGCAGACAGAGAAGCAGAAGCAGGACGGACAAACGGGGCCGCUUCUGUGUGGAAGGACUGAAGAGUUUAACAGGCGGCUCAGAGAGCAACCAGCAGACACACAGCUGUGGAUACAGUUCAUACGAUACCAGGAUGAGCUGUGUACAACAGCAUUUGGAGGCGAGGAGGAGCCACAAGGCAGCGAUUUGGCCGAGCGCCGUAAGUCGUCGUACAGAGCCGUCCUGGAGAAAAAGCUGAGCAUCGCAGAGCGUGCAGUGGCUGCCAACCACGGCUGCAUAGCUCUGCAGCUGGAGAGGCUCCGUAUUUGCCAGGAGCUCUGGGAGCCCUCACUUCUGGCUAAAGAAUGGAAGAAACUGGUGUUCCUCCACCCAAACAGUGCCCCCUUGUGGAGGGAGUAUCUGCUCUUCACCCAGAGCUAUUUCAGCAACUUCACCGUGUCUAGGGUCAACUCUGCGUACGGGAAGUGUCUGAGCACGCUCAGCGCGGUGCGAGAUGGCAGCAUGGUCUCUCACCCUGCCCUGCCAGGACUUGAGGAGGAUAUGUUGGAUAUCUUCACCCAGCAGUGCCAUUUCCUGCGUCAGGCUGGUCACUCAGAGAAGGCAAUCUCUCUGUUUCAGGCCAUGAUUGACUUCACUUUCUACAAACCUGACAGUGUACUAAAACUGUCAACGAAGCAGCAGAUUGAGUUCUUCGAGCCGUUCUGGGACAGUGGGGAGGAGCGGGUCGGAGAGUUGGGGGCCAGAGGUUGGAAAGCCUGGAUGCUCCAACAAGAGCGAGGAGGGUGGCUGCAGCCCAGUGCAGAGGAAGAAGAAGAGGAGGAAGAGGAGGAUGAGGAGGUGAAGGAUCGGAGUCAGCCCAGAUGGACCGUCUGGUUGGAUGUAGAGCCGUCUCGUGAAUUAGCUCACUGGCUGCCGUGGAGGCCUGACAAAGCCAAGGGCCAAUCAGAAGAGGACUGUGAGGACCCGGACAGACAGGUGUUGUUUGAUGACAUCGGCUCGUCCCUAAUUUGUCUGUCAUCGCCAGAGCUUCAUCUCCGUUUCCUUCUCCGCUUCUUGUCCUUCCUGGGACUGCCCGUGGACUCUGUGCUCUCUGCUGCCCCCUGUCAGCCCGGCCUGCUGCUGGAGAGCCUUUCUCUGCUUACGCAGGGUAAUGAAAUCAGGCGACCUCUGACCUCCUACGACCUGCCUGACCCCGGGAUUAACCCUGUAGGUCACAUGACCACUCUUCAGGGAACACGGAAGUGGGUGGGGCUUGGGAAGCAUGGCGAGAGGUUUGUCACCAAUGUGUUGAAUAUGGUCCAACCUGUCCUCCCGGCCCAUCACCGCGCCGCCCUGUCACUCAGCCUGAUGCAGUAUGAGAAACUAAAGGUGUUGCGCUGCUUGCGUGGCGGCCACAAAAAGCGCCUCCGCUCUCAGGGAAAGAGCAGCAAGCGAGUUGCCAAGCAGCUGCUCAAAGAACCUGACAACCGAUCGUCGUUGGUGCUGUGGCGGGAGUACGCCCACCUGGAGUGGACGCUGGGUAACCUUGACGAGGCUCGGAAAGUCUUCUCCACGGCCACAGCGAUAGGGGGAACCAAAGGGCUGAAGUGCCCCACCCUCUGUGAGCUGUGUCUGCUGUGGGCCCAGCUAGAAGUGGAGGAUGGGCCAAGUGUGCGAGCGGGAGGACCAACGGAUGUCACUGCGUCCCCGGCCAUUUGUGUGCUAACCAGGCUCGCAGAAGGAACCUCCUCAUCCUCCCAGCCCCUCUCUCCGGUUUCCAUCCUGAAAGCGAGGAAGUCGUAUGAACAGGCUCUGUCUGCAGGCUUGUCAUCCCUGGACCAGAACCCUCAGGUCAACAGAAAAGCAGGUCAAGAGGACUUACAAGGGGAAAGGUUUAAGCUGAAAGGCCUGACAGGCUGCUACGCUCUGUUCCAGUACCUCACCAUGGGCAUCCAAGCAGCUAACGCCGUCUACAGCCAGGCUAGAGAGAAGAUGGAGGAACACAAGCUGACCCUUGACAAGCAGCUUAACAGUAACGAGGAAGCCAAGCUUGCUCGCGCUGAUGCCAGUCAGUCCCCGGCUGAGUCCAGCUAUCCCAGCAUGCACUGUGUCAGCAGGUUAGCAACUGAGUGUGAGGCCUUAGCAGUGCAGCAGACGGCGUUGCUUCGGUACCACAACAGCAUCAGUGUGUUUCCACUGGCCACACUGAGACAGACGCUGACCUCUGCCCUCUCCACCUGGCCUAGCAGCGCCCCCCUCUGGAGCAUAUAUGUACAGGUGGAGAACCGUUACCACAGUGCUGGUCGGGCACGUCGCUUUUUCCACUCCGUCACCAGGGACAGCAGCAGUGUGGUGCCACGCCUCUUUGCCAUUGUUGCUGAACAACAAAGGAAGCAGCUGGUGGACGCUGCUCAGAGGUCUUGUUGCCAUGAUGCAGCCUUGCCCAUCCUGCCAGAGAACGGCCUCAGCCACCGGAUCCGUGGACUGUUUGAAAGCGCCAUAGCAUCAGAGAUGGGUUCUCACUGUCCUUUACUUUGGAGGAUGUACAUGCACUUCCUGGUGUCUGAGGGGAAGGUGGAUAAAGCCACUGGUAUUUUCUACAAGGCCUUACAGAAUAUUCCCUGGGCUAAGGGUUUGUACAUGGACGCAGUGCAGCUGUUCCCCGAGCAUCUGCAGGAGUUUGUGGAUCUGAUGACAGAGAAAGAACUCCGAGUCAGACUGCCUUUAGAAGAACUGGAUAUACUGCUGGAGGACUGAACACACACAUCUCAUUCAAGAACUGAGUUUGCUUUACUGGCAAUAUGCCAGUGUCAACACACAAACUUUCACACACAUAGCUGCCGUAUUAAACAGUGGAGUUGCAGUGAUCUUAUGGGCGAGGAGCCAUCCUUUGUACAUAUUGUCCAAUGCUUUAUUUUCACAACAAAGAAUCACUAGGACUGUGUUUUACUACGAGACACUGUUAAUAAAUAUAUGAUUCUCAUU